GACCAGACAUAGGGAAAAGCCCAAGCAUGUUCUCAUGUCUACUUCAGGCUGAUUACAACUAAAGGAGUUACCAGUACACUCAUCGGGGUGAUGUACCGACUUCUGUUUGUUUACAACUUAGCUAUCAUCAAUUUACGACAACUUAGCCCGGUAAUACUACAGAUAACGUGAUCAACAGGUGGAUCCAGGUAAAUGGCCUGAUAAACAUUACGCAUCGCUCCAAGUAUAGCUCUGACGACGUCAAUUACUGUCUAUAAAAGGAUUGUGUUUAUAAGUAUCAGUCAUGGUGAAGGAUAGACUCCAGGAGAUGAAGAAGAAGCACGAGGAGUUUGAAAGUGAAGAAUUGAAAAAGAAACGCAAGAAAAAGGAAAAAGAAACCAUGGAGACUACAAUAGCAGGCUUCCAAGAUAAAGUACAUGGAAUUGAAGAAAGGCUUAAAAGUUUAAAGAAAGACACAGAUGAUGUGAAAAAACUUCAAAGUAACUUGUAUUGUUCCCCAUUUGUAACUUCGAAGGAUUUACAAAAAAUGGAACACAUGUCGGACCAGAUACUAACAGAUUCAAUAAAGAUUCGUAAAGAUAUUGAAUUAUUGGCUGCCGAAACAACAACAGAAUCACAAAAGGCAUCCUUGAUAACUUCAGGUACACACCAAAGAGUUCACAUGACUCAGAUUGACCGAUUAUCACAGGAAUUAAAAAAGACCACUAACGAUUUUGCAGCAAAUCAAGCGGACUACUUGGAUAAAACAAAAGCGCGUUUUAAGCGUCAGAUGCAAAUUGCAACUAAUGGCAACGAGCCAGACAAUUUGGAUAUGAAUUUCCAAAACCAGGCGAUGUUCACAGGGGGGUUUCUGAUGGAAAUGCAAAAAGCAAAGGGAGAUUUACAGUUGUUACAGGAACGUGAGCAGGAUCUCCAUGAUAUCGAAGGUCAAAUCCACGAGGUCAACAAACUGUUUAAGGAAAUGCAUGUGUUAGUAGCUGAUCAAGGGGAGACAAUUGAUACCAUAGAAAACCAUGUUGAACGAACUGUGGCUGAUGUAGAAUCUGGAAAGAAGGACUUAGGUGAAGCAGAGAUAAAUCAGAAAAAGGCUCGAAAAAAAAAGUGCAUAUGUAUCAUAAUAUUAGUGGUGGCCAUAUUGAUUGUUAUUGGAAUUGUGGCGGCGAUUAUUGCCCAAAGUACAGGGGGAGACUAACUAUAGUAUAAGAUGUUAAGGUAUCAGGUUUUUUUGGAUGGUACUUGAAGUAUUAUCAUACUCUAACAAUCCAUUUGGAAACAAUGAGAUUAUAUACACUGAUCCUUUUAAAUCUCUACAGAACAUCUUUUUCAGAUUUGUUGUAAUUUCAUAAAGUUGGCAUAAAUAUUGAACAUUUUAAAAGGCAUAAUGCAUUCAUGUUUCAUGUGAGCAAGCAAUUAUCUUUUUAUCAUUUAAUGUAUGUAUGUGAUGAUUACUGUAUGUGAGCGUUUGUGAUAUGGUAUUUGAGCAUGUGUAUGACAUCGUAUACGAGCAUGUGUAUGACAUUAGUUGUGAGCAUGUGUAUGACAUUAGUUGUGAGCAUGUGUAUGACAUUAGUUGCGAGUAUGUGUGUGACAUUAGUUGUGAGUAUGUGUGUGACAUUAGUUGUGAGUAUGUGUAUGACAUUGUAUGUGAGCAUGUGUAUGACAUUGUAUACAAGCAUAUGCCAUGUAACAAUAUAUUUGUGCAUGUACAUGGCAUUGUAUGCAAGCAUGCAUAUGACAUUAGUUGUGAGCUUGUGUAUGACAUAAGUUGUGAGCAUAUGUAUGACAUUAGUUGUGAGCAUGUGUAUGACAUUGUAUGCAAGCAUGUUGAACGAACUGUUGAUGACAUUAGUUGUGAGCAUGUGUAUGACAUUAGUUGUGAGCAUGUGUAUGACAUUAGUUGUGAGCAUGUGUAUGACAUUAGUUGUGAGCAUGUGUAUGACAUUAGUUGUGAGCAUGUGUAUGACAUAAGUUGUGAGCAUAUGUAUGACAUUAGUUGUGAGCAUGUGUGUGACAUUAGUUGUGAGCAUGUGUAUGACAUUAGUUGUGAGCAUGUGUAUGACAUUAGUUGUGAGCAUGUGUGUGACAUUAGUUGUGAGCAUGUGUAUGACAUUAGUUGUGAGCAUGUGUAUAUAACAUUGUAUACAAGCAUAUGACAUGAAACAUUGUUCUUGUGCAUGUAUGUGGCAUUGUAUGCGAGCAUGUAUGUGUUAUUGUAGAUGUAAGGCUGUUUGUGACAUUGUAUGUGAGCUUGCUUGUUUUUAGCUUACCUCCUGAAGUAAGGGGAAGCUUAUGUUCUGAAGAAAGGGGAAGCUUACGUUGUCAGCCUGGCGGUGGUGUCGAUGUCAGAGUCAGCAUCACUGUCAGCAUUGGUUUCUAAAUGUAACCUGUUUGGUGCUGUGUUGAAAGGCAUCAGUCAACUCUUUAAUAGGUGUACUAGGCCUCUAAGAUUCAGUUUGAUGGUUAACUAUUACGUCCGGGAGUCAGAAUGAUUAAUUUUUGGGAAAAGAGGCAGGUUUUUUUUUUAACAUUUUGGGGUUGCAAUAUUUUUAGGGACCGGUAAACAUGUAUUGCAAUAUAGAUUAUAGCUGGUGAACUCUCCCUUAAUCCUAGUGUGAGGUUUAGUGAUAUACAAUGUAUAGUGAUAUACAAUGUAUAGUGAUAUACAAUGUGAGGCAAGCUUGUACAAAUGACAGUAGACUGGUUUCAUUUCACAAAGAUUUUCAAUGGGUAAUGGACAACAGCAUAAUGCCUAUGAGCCCGGCCUCUCAUGCAUGUUGAUGGCAUUGUAAGUGAGCAUGUAUGGUUGUAUGUGUGAGCAUGUCUGGUACUGUAGCGCGGAUCUGAUAGAUAGCCAGUUAUUUGGAAUACUCUUCUGGUGACCCAGGGUCAUGUAUCCAUCAACCAGAAAAAUUGAAGACCUGAAAAUUAAAAUUCAAACUCAACUCAAAUAGCGUUUGAUCGACCAAGUAGAUGAAGCAUUAUACUGAUUAAACGUCAAUGUAAUUGCCUAUUAAAAACUGAGAAAGAAUGCAUUUUUCA